AUGACAAGUGUGGAUAUAAUUUAUGACAAGACCCACUUCAGACAUGACCCAAAAUGGAGCGGCCGCCUGGGGCCUGCAGAGGGGGGCGGACUGCUCCUCUGUGUCGCCUGUGUCAUUGAAAUGCUGGAGAGUGACGAUAUUGCAGUGAGUAAUAUUUGAUAUACUUGUUACACCUUGUUUUCAUAUAAAUCAGUGAGGAAGUCUUUUGCCUUAUCUGGUAUCAGUGGGCUGCUGAAGUGCUCUCCAGGGGCCUUGAGAGAGCUGCUCCGUCAGGACCAUAGAGUCUCUCUGCGUUUCACAGCCUCUCUAUUGGGCAUGCUUCAGACUGUGGAGGACCCAGCCACUCUGGAAAAGGUUGACCAAGUACUGGUUCAGCUGCUUUUAGAGCUUCAGAGCGAGCUGUCAUUUCGCUUUGUUUUGGACGAGAUUCACAAACAGCUGAGUGACCAGCUUAGUGUGAAGGGUUCCCUGCCCACAUUCAACUUCUUGGGGAGCCUGGUGGAAGCAGUCCCCAACGUGGCCCAUAUCCUGGUGACUCAGUUCGCGCCCUUGCUGGAGCACCUAUGCUCAGCCCUGCUGUACCCAGAUGAAGGGCUGAAGGCUUCAAUCCUCUCUGUGUGGCUCAAGCUGUUCAGGGCAGCUGGGGGAUCGGCAGUCCAGUCCCUGCCCGGUGCCAUCAGGGACAGAGUGUGUAUCCUGUUGCUGCAGACCUUGUCCAAAGCCAGCUCCCCCCCGCUCAUCAGCAGCUGUGUCGGCCUGCUGUGGCUGCUGGUGCAACUGGGAGAGGCAGUGUCAGUUCUGAUGAACAGCCCAGGCAAUCAGAUCCUGUGCGAUGAGAACCAGAUCAACAACAGUCAGAUCCUCAGCCAAAACCAAGAGCAACAGUCCCCUGACCACUGCCCUCUGCCUCUCAUUUUGAAAAAGUUGCUGCUGAGCGGGGAUGAGACGUUGCAGGUGGCCAGCUCUAAGUGUAUCGCAGCCAUCCUGGUUCAUUCUCCCAGUCAAUACAGCGCUCCUUUCAUCAAAGCUGACGUACCUGAGUUUUUGUUUGACCGUCUGGCCAGUAGUAGUAGUGAAGUGCUGCUGUGGUCUGUCUACAGCUGUUUGGUGUUACUGACGGAAGACCCACUCUUCUUCUCCCAGUGUCACUCUGUCUACGGUAUUGAGUCCCUGGUGCGCAGUCUGAAUGAGGCUCUGCGGCUGACAAACCUGGAUGUGCCAAAACAAGGUCUGCUGCUCCUCACUGAAAUACUGGAAAGGCAGCCCCCAAGCGUGCGUCUCUUCCCCAGUGGUCCGGGGUUUGUGGCAGUUUCAGAGGCUGUGAUAGCUGGCAUUUCCUCCUCCUGCCUGCUGGUUGCCACGCAGGCUGCUAACGCUGCCUCCGUCCUGUUAAGACUGAACCACCAGUCCAUACCAGUCCAGUACAGGGAGAUACAAGGACUGGUGGAGGCCAUCACUAACAGAUUCUCUGAGCUGCCCCUACCCUCUCCUGCUCAUCGGAGAAGCUCCGGGAGUCUGAUGAGGUCAGACACCAACAGCCAGGCUUCCAGGUCCAGAAGAUUUCUGCUCCAGGCCCUGGUCUGUUUUCAGGCUGUCUGCAGGUUGGCUGAGGAUUGUGCAUCAGAGCCUGUUCUGAAGGAGAACACGUUCACAGCUCCGUUUAAACACAGCGAUGCACAAGACUCACUGGAGUCUCUGUGUCAAUGUAUGCUUCACUGCUGCGACUCCGUCUGGAUACCCACUGUCACUAGGAUGUGUGAAUGUGCACCAAUUCCUCAGAUACUGCAGUUAUUCUACUCCAUCCUGUCCUCUCAGUUUACCCUCCUUCCAUCUGUCAUGCCUGUCUUUGCAAAAAAACUAGCGUCCUCUGGUUUCUACAGAUUGGCUCUGGAACACAAAGGGAUCCUGUGUGCGGGAAACAGGAACCCAAAUCUAAAUGCAUCUUGCUGCGGUUUUCUACAGAAACUCAGUAUGUUUCUGCUAACCCAGUCAGACCCUGCUUCUGUCUCCUCUCAGCAUGAUGAUGAGGAGGUGGAGAAUCUCCUGCUGUACAACCUUCCCUCUCUGUGCUGUCGCCUGUCAGACUGGCCCUGUCUGCUGGGUGAGGACCCUGGGCUCCAGCUGUGUGACUAUAAAGGACCAAGGGCCACUCAGUACUGUCUGGUCAUAAUGCUGCACCUCGCCCUGCAGCAAGGAGACAGGCUCCUUCCAGACCAGACAGUGUUCUCAGGGGUUCUGUGCCUGUUGCAUACAGUGCAGGAGCAGGGCAGCUGUACUUUGCCCGGCUCUGUGCUCCGUUCUGCCCUCUACCUGCUGGCAGUGACACAGGAUAAGAGCACCAGCCUCAGCGGGGCUUCUUUGAACUGCAUCUGCAAGGCACUCUCCUCCUGCCAAAGCUUCUCUUCCCUCUACAUUCACCAUCCUGCACUCCUCCACUUCAUCUGCCGCUAUAAGGAGCUAGCAGAGAAAUGCGGGCCCCUGGUCUUGGAACUUUGGUUGACCAAGCGAACAGAAGACACAGGUGCAGAGCUGACCUCGACAGCCACAAAAGAUGGAGAGAAAACAGAAAGCUGUGCAGAGGAGAGGCUCGAACAGAAGCCAGAUGCAGAAAUCAUGGAGCUACUGACACUGUUAGAGAAAUACCCAGCUGUCAUGCUGACCCUCCUGGACAUGGUUUGCACUAGGGAGGCUUCCCUGGCAGAACGAGCCCUUGAGGUACUGGAAGUUUUCUUGCGGGGUCAAAGAGACUAUGAGGCAGAUUUGUGUACCGAUCUUAGGACAGCCCUGCUCCAGGCAUUACAGAGGCUCAGCGUGGAGAACAUUAGCCAUGGACAGGGACACUCUGCACAGGUGAACUCCCUCCCUCUGCUGCUCAAGCUGCUGUGCGUGAUGCAGGCCAGCGACCCGCCUUCUUCUUCCUCCUACGGCAAGAUGGACGGGGUGCAUUUCACGCUGCUCUACCACGUGAAUAAUAUAGCAGGAAGGUUGAAGUCUACAGACACAGAGAGCCUGCUGCGUGCCCUCAGCUACCUGUACUGCUGCCUGAGUCUGUCCCCUGCACACUGCACUGACAGAGCUGUCUCCAUGCUGCUCUCCAACAGCGGACUGAUGGACCAGCUGCAGAAAGUCCUCUCCUCUUCCUCCUCCUCCUCCUCUACUCCAUCCCUUUCUCCGUCUGCUGGUCCCCCUUCAGCCCUGUUGUGCUGCAGCCAUCUACUCCUGUCCUCCCUCAUCACCUUGCAGCAUGUUCACUCCGCUCAGGUCCAUAAGAGCAUCAGUUGGAGUUUGGACACAGCUCUGCAGCUACUCCUUGUUCAGAAAAGAAACACAGACAAUCUCUUGCUGGUGAGCUACCUGAGGUUCCUGCAGGCUUUACUUGAUGUUGACCUGGCAUCAACAGUGGUGUGUGUGAGCACCGGUCCGGGCUUGGUCGGGCCGAGACCCCUGGGGGUAGAAGAUGGCGCAUUAUACCCACUUGGCUCCAGAGGCGCCCAAUGCCUCUCAACUGCUCUCAGUGGACUUCUUUUACAGAAGCACGAGCUGUUGCUCAGAGCCUCAGUCAACUGUCUAAGCUCCCUGCUGGGCUUCCUUCAGAGGAGGAGUCCCGCUACAGCCAAGUAUGUGGUUUGUCAGCCAUGGAGUCGAUUCCUCCUCUACUGCCUGCUCAACUCAGGAGAGAGCUGCCUCCUGCACCCUGCCAUUCUCAGACUCAUCACACUUCUCAUGCAGCACAGCAGUACGGCCGUGCUGUGGGAGCCUGACCUACUGCAGGUGAUGGAGGCGGUCGAGAGGAGAGGGGUGAAGGAACUCAGCCAGGAAGCAGCACAGGCCCUCAGGCUGCUCCUCACGCAGAUCCAGAGCAGUGUCCUGCAGCCACCGCCCACAGAGGAGCACAAACAGAGAGUGAGGACUGUGAUGGAGUCCCUCGAACCGCAGCCGCCCACCGAGAGCUGCAGCCCCAGUCUGCCCAGCAACGUCCUGUAUCCAUCACUUGAAGUGAAACACAUUCAUUCACACCUCCGACCAGUUCAGAACACAUACAGCCUGACAUCCUGCACAUCGAGAUUGUUGUUGGAAGAGAAGAAAAUUUCCUCCGGCCAAGAGAUUUACAUGGGCUUACAUGGCCUCAGUAAGAACUACUCUGCCUUUAGACCUCCCCACGCCAAAGACACCCUGCCCAACUUGUUUGCCACAGUGACAGACCAAAUCUGA